UUUUCUUCUUUUUUUCCCCUGGGUGCGGAAGUAAAGCGGAAGUGGCGCAAUAACCUCUCAUCUUGAACCAUGCUUGAAUGGAGGUGACCUUAGUUAUUGUCAAAUUGUAAAGGAACGUAGCGAACACCUUUGCCGUGGACGCAGCGGGUACAUCGCGCCAGUCCCAUACAGUUUAGAUGCUACUACACUUGGCUUAAGUAUUUCUGAAGACUUUGCGAGUGAGGAGGACGAGCAGAGAUGGCAGAGGCGCAUCAGGCACGCGUGCAGCAUGUGGUGGAAGAAAUGGUCCAAAGCCUGGAGAGAGACCACAUCCGCAAAAUGCAGGGUCGCAUGUUCAAGUGCAGCGCAGACUGCUGCGAUCGCUCCACGGACUCCAUGGCCCAGGUGCAUCAGUGCAUCGAGAGGUGUCACACUCCGCUGGCCAAAGCCCAGGGACUGGUCACUUCAGAGCUGGAGAAGUUUCAGGACCGUCUGACCAGAUGCACGAUGCACUGCAACGAUAAGGCGAAGGAUCUUUUUGACUCCGGCGCCAAGGAGCCCGCCGUUCGAUCGCUGAUGGAACGCUGUGUGGGCAGCUGUGUGGACGAUCACAUUAACCUGAUCCCCAGCAUGACCCGAAGACUCAAAGAGAAUUUGGACUCUAUAGAGCAGUGAUGAGCGGGAUGGAUGGCUGUGGUCCAUCCAGCUGCCAGUCGACUCAGCCAGUUUGACCAGUAACAACUGAACAUCAUGAAAAGGCAGGGGGAGUGGAGUUUAAAAUCCUUUGAGGCAAAGGGUCGAGUUUUGACCAGUUUUAAAGGCUUUGACUCUGAAUUUUGGUGUUGUGGAGAUUUAAAACUGCUCAGAGGUUUAUUAUUGUACUAUGUACUAUGUGUAAUCUAUGAACAGCGACUUCCUGGGAAAUGGAAGCUGGAAGUUUUUGGCUUGUUAGAUGUUGGUUCAUGUGGAACAAGAAAUAAAUCCGGUGAAGCAUCUGGUGUCGCACCGAUGUCUGUGAAUAAG